AUGGAUCGAGAUGCACGACUGCGCCUUUUUAUGGAAGAUCAAGCUAGGAUGUCGUCUCUUAUGGAAGAUCUUUCAUGGAUUCGUCGUCAUCUUGAACGUCUCGAGUUUUUGGUAACGUUGCUUGUAGCUCAAAUAGGAAUUACCAUAUUGUUAAUUGGGGCACUUAUCAUAUACAAAGCGUGUUGCGUAGAAAAUACUGAUAAUGAUUUCACUUUCAAGGAGAACAAAGCAAAUCUAAUGAAUCCACAGCCAGGCAAAUCUGGAAAAAUUUAA